GUUUCAUUUUCCUUCACCAAUACUUCAAGGCACAAAGGAGCUGGUAAAGGCAUUGCCAUGAAACCAAACUUGAAGCAAUGGAAACAACUCAUGCUCUUUGGUAUCUUUGCAUGGGGCCUCCUUUUCUUGGUGAUAUUCAUCUAUUUCACAGAUAGCAACACUGCUGAACCAGUUCCCAGUUCCUUUUCUUACAUUGAAACUAAGAGACUUCUGCCCCUUCAGGGCAAGCAGAGAGUCAUAAUGGGAGCCAUUCAUGACCCAUCCUUCUCUGAAACCAUGGAUGGGAAUGAGGUACUUCUUAAUGAAGAUCUCCUAGGUACUUUUAAAUCGGGGACUGGAAAUUCUAAGAAAUGGACUGUAUUGGAAGAAGCCUUUAGAAACGAGGAUGAGUUUUUUCCACCCCAGUUAGGAAGAAAAUCAAAAAGUGCUUUCUACCAAGUCAAUGAUGAUUAUUUAUUUGCUGCUGGUCAGCCGUCACACAACCACCUUCAAGAGAUAGAAAAAUUCAUUUCAGCUGACAUGAAUAAUCCAAAAGGAAAUAUUUUACAGAACAACUGGAGCCAUCAGAGACGAAUGAGGAGAAGGAGCACAAAGCAUAGGAGAGGCCAGAUGCUUGAUGAAUCUGAUGACUGGGAUGGGCUGUAUUCCACAAUGUCGAAAUCCUUUCUUUACAAGCUUUGGAAAGGGGAUGUCUCUUCCAAGAUGCUAAACCCUCGACUGCAGAAGGCGAUGAAAGAUUAUUUGAGUACCAAUAAGCAUGGGGUGCGGUUCAAGGGGAAACGAAACUCCAAGUUGACAGGAGACCAGCUAUUCUGUGAGCUAAAAGAAAGAGUGAAUGUGAAAACAAUAGAUGGCAAGGAGGCACCCUUCUCCACUCUUGGAUGGGAAAAGCACGUUCCCCAAAUUCCACUGGGCAAAUUAUAUGCACAUGGCUUUGGGAGCUGUGCAGUAGUUAUGUCUGCUGGUGCAAUACUGAACUCCUCUCUAGGGGACGAAAUAGAUUCUCAUGAUGCUGUUUUAAGAUUUAAUUCUGCUCCAACACGUGGCUAUGAAAAAGAUGUUGGAAAUAAAACAACCAUGCGGAUCAUUAAUUCUCAGAUUCUCACCAAUCCAAACCAUCACUUUGUCGACAGCUCCUUGUAUAAAGAUGUUAUUUUAGUAGCCUGGGAUCCUGCUCCCUACUCUGCAAAUCUAAAUGUGUGGUAUAAGAAACCAGACUACAAUCUGUUCACUCCCUACGUACAGCAUCGCAGGAAGAAUCCAACCCAGCCAUUCUACAUCCUGCAUCCAAAGUUUAUAUGGCAGCUCUGGGACAUCAUUCAGGAGAACACUAAAGAGAAGAUACAGCCCAACCCUCCUUCUUCAGGGUUUAUUGGUAUCCUCAUCAUGAUGUCCAUGUGUAAUGAAGUGCACGUGUACGAGUACAUCCCUUCAGUGCGACAGACAGACCUGUGUCACUACCAUGAGCUCUACUACGACGCAGCUUGCACCUUGGGGGCCUACCAUCCACUGCUCUACGAGAAGCUCCUGGUGCAGAGGAUGAACAAAGGUUUGCAGGAUGAUCUGUAUCGCAAGGGGAAAGUCAUUUUGCCAGGGUUCAAAGCUGUCAAGUGCCCCAAACGAAAUAAUUUCUCACACUUGUAG